AACCCAAAAACAAUAAGAAAGAAGAAACAAGUCUUGUAGAGAGAAACAGCCUCCUCUCUCUCUCUCUCUCUCUCUCUCUCUCCUUUUCCCAUUUUCACCUUUCCUUUCUUCAACCAUUAUUUUAGAUUCCUUCAAUGGUUUUUUCACUUGUCUCUAUUUGAUUAUAUAUUCUAUAUAUUUUAUAUAUAUACAUAUACAUAUAUAGAUACAACCCAUCUGGUUUUGACCUUCCUUCAUUUGGGUGUGGAGAGUAUGCUGUUUUAGUGGGCUUCUUUUUCUUUUCUUUUUUUUUUUAAUUUUGUUUUGAUUUCUUCUUGUUUACAAAUUCUUUUUUCUGGGUUUAAUUGCUGUGAAAAAAAGCUUUGAUACCCAGAAGCAUAUGCUUUACACAAGUCCAAUAAAUAAAAAAACAAUAAAGUCUGUAUCUAUUUUCCAAUUUGUUUUUUGAGGAGGAAACUGUUUUUUGUUCAUCUUUAAUAAAAAAAAAAGAAAAAAAAAAAAGAAAAAGUGGUGAAUUUUGAUUGAAAGGCUGUAUUUGAUAUUAUUAAGGGAAGAAAAAAAGAAAUAGAAGGACAUGGGAAAGCAUGGACCUUGCUAUCACUGUGGUGUGACAAGUACCCCACUUUGGCGUAACGGGCCGCCUGAGAAGCCAGUACUGUGCAAUGCAUGUGGAUCACGUUGGAGGACAAAGGGUACUCUGGUAAAUUACACUCCUCUACAUGCUCGUGCCGAACCCGAAGACUUGGAUGAUUACAGGGUGAAAUCAUUUUCUGUCAAGAAUAAGGAAGAAAAGUUUCUCAAGCGCAAGUACAACAAUAACAACAACAAUAAUAAUAAUAAUAACAUUAGUAUUACCGAAUAUCCAGCGGAAUAUAACCAGAACCAGAACCACCACGGAUUCCGUAAAGUGUUUGACGAAGACACAAGCAACAGGUCGAGUUCCGGCUCUGCUAUUUCCAUUUCCAACUCGGAACAAUAUGGCAAUGCUGAUGCAAGUGAAUUGACAGGACCGUCACAACAAGGGGUAGUAUGGGAAAGAAUGGUGCCGUCGAGGAAGAGGACGUGUGUGAGCCGCUCGAAGCCGUCGUCAGUUGAGAAGCUGACGAGAGAUCUUUUUACAAUAUUGCACGAGCAACAGUCGUCGUGCCUUUCUGGUUGUUCAGAAGAGGAACAACUUCUACUUCUUGAGAGUGACAAACCAAUGGAAUCUGUUGAGUUUGGUCAUGGAAGUGUACUCAUUAGGCAUCCGAGCUCGAUUUUAUUAGCUAACGGAGAAGAAGAAUCGGAAGCUAGCUCCCUUUCAUUUGAUAACAAUAAGCAACAUACUAUGAAUUCUAAGGUGACGGUUUUUCCUGCUCUUAUCGACAAAAUUAAGAAGCCUCCUAAUCCGGUAACCGAACAAGAACGAAUCAGAAGAGGGAAGGAUCAAGUUGAAAAUUUACAGAUUAUGUCUCAUCGUAAUUCACCACUAUGUUGCGUGGACUUGCAAGAAAUUGUUAAUUUCGACAAGUUUGCAAAUCAUUUGACGAAAGACGAGCAGCAGCAGUUGCUCAAGUAUUUACCUCCUCUCGACACUUUGGAAUCUUCGGACAGCAGGAAUUUACUUCCGAUAUCCCAAAUUAGAAGCAUUUUGGAGAGCCCUGAGUUCAAGGAGAAUUUGUUGUCCUUCCAGAAACUUCUGUCAGAUGGUCUUUUCGAUAACUCGUUUUCCAGCCUCAACACAGAACAAGAUUGUAAACUUCUCAAGAAACUCGUCUUAUCCAAUUUCACCAAGUCUAAAUGGAUUGAGCAAUAUCAAAUCUUUAAGGAUUCCAAAGGUAAAAACAUCAACGAACCGAAUGCACUUGCUACUGCUUCUUCGCUUAGUUUGAAAAGACCAAGAGGAGAAGGACUGCAGCAGCAUCACAAAUUCUUAGGAUCAAAGGCAAUAAUGAGGAGGAGCUACGACGAGGAGGAGGAGGAACUAGUAGCAGAUAAGAGUUCCUCUUUCUUUACAUCAUCUCGUAUCAUUAAUAAUAAUGAUGAUGAUUACGAGUCUUGCCAUUUUGGUUACGAAGAAGACGAUAUGCUUUUGGAUAUUCCAUCCAACGGUUCAUUCCCACAAGCUGAAGCAGAACUACUAAUCAUGCCAUCUUCGAGUUUCGAUGGUCAAGCUAGCACUAGCACUACUUCAACAUAUUUCCUUAAUCGUCCCUAAUCCCCGUCGUAUCUCAAUCCCCUUUUCUCAAGGUGAUUGAUUGAUUGGCUUCUUCAUUUUUAUUUUUAUUUUUAUUUUUAUAUUACCAUUUUGCUAGAAAUAGCACACUGGAAAUGAGUUUUGAAUCUUCUUUAAUUCUCUCUCUAUAUGCUUUGAGGAUGUACAUUAUUUAAAAAAAUGGGAUUAUUUUAUUUCCCUUUCCUUGUAUUUAUUAUAGAUUGACUAAAAUGACUGUUAUAUAUAUGAUAUACAAUCUUCAUUACCGUUUCAAUUCGAAGUAUUUUCAUCUCUGU